UAAAGUUGUAAUGAUUGAGACGUUUUUAUAACCUUGAUUUGUUUUCAGGAAUUUGUGGGCCAGUAUAUAUAAAACUGGAUAAGUGGGUUGGAUAAGCAACUGUUUCUAUUUCAAGCAUAUGGUCGAGAUGUCGAAAAAUACAUUCAUUGUGAUUCCUGAUGACUUUAAGGGAUUUAAUCUUGAUUCUUUCUGUGUUCCAAAACAUUAUGAAGAUUCUCUGGAGACAGUGCUAAUACCAUAUGGAAUCAUUCAUGACAGAAUUGAACGACUGGCAAGAGAUAUUUCUCUUGAAAUUGGUCAAGAACCGUUAGUAGCUCUUUGUGUUCUUAAAGGUGGCUACAAGUUUUUUACUGACUUGUUAGACAAAGUGAAUCUAUACAACCAGUAUUCUUCAGAUUCAGUCCCUAUUGCUGUGGAUUUUAUUCGGCUUAAAAGUUAUGAGGAUGACAAGUCUACUGGUGUAGUUCAAGUAAUUGGAAUUCAAGAUUUGUGUACAUUGAAGGGAAAGAAUGUGUUGGUAGUAGAAGACAUUAUAGACACUGGUCGAACCAUGAUGAAACUCCUUAAACUGCUUGAAACUUACCAACCAAAAACUGUAAAGGUGGCUAGCUUAGUGGUUAAGAGAACAGAACACUCGUCAGGAUAUAGACCUGACUACUGUGGGUUUGAGGUCCCAGCAAAGUUUAUUGUGGGAUAUGCUAUAGACUAUAAUGAGCAUUUUAGAGACCUUAAUCAUAUCUGUGUAAUUAGUGAUUAUGGAAAACAGAAGUUUGGAUCAGCAGCUGUUAAGAACAGUCUGUAAGAUGCAGUGCUUGAAGAUAAAACAAGUACUGCUAUAAGUGCAUUUGAGGAAUAACACUAUUACAUAAUUAUGGCUUUAUGAAUUGUUUUAAAUUUAUAUUUGUAAAUGAAAACUUCGGAUAUUCAGGAGCAAGAAAAAUGCACAGGCAAAAAUGUUAAUCUUUGAAAACUUUAUAUUUAGAAACAGAUCAGCAAAAAUAAUAAAAAAAAAUUAUAUAAGGACAUCUUGAAUACUUGCCUAGGCAAAACACCAAAAUCGUGAAAUAAUAAUGCCUAGGCAAAACACCAAAAUAAAGGAAUGAUAAUGCCUAGGCAAAACACCAAAAUAAAGGAAUGAUAAUGCAUUUUGAUAAAUAUAUGUCAAAUAACUUGUUAAAUUUCUUUUUCUGCAUAUAUAUAUAUUAAUCUGUGUCAUAUACUGAAAUAGUUAUGCCAGAAAGUAAGAUAAUGCAUAUAAAAAUACUUUCAAAGCACUUGUAAAUCAUUAGAAUCUGUGUGUGUUUCAAUUUACACUUUGUGGCAUGUCAAAAUACUAAACAAAAUCCCAUCUACACCAGAGAAGCUAGGCUAAAAUGUCUUCCAGUUAGCAUGUUAAGUUAAAUUUUUAACUCCUGCAUUUAUAUAAUGAUCAAAUCAUUAGCUUACUCAGUCUCACUUUCAGGAAGUGAUUGCAGACAAUUACUUUUUAUUAGCUUCAUUCUCAAUUGAAUAUAAAUUAUAAAUCAGAAAAUGGCAUGUUAUUCUCAAGUUUCAUAAACUGAGUAACUGAGUAAACUAAGCAUUUUCAAGUGUAAGGCAGCAGAAAAUUAUUCUUAUCACAUGCAUAUUACAGUUUGUAUGUAAGGAUCAAAGAAUCAAUGAGAAGUAAUCAUUUGAUGGGACACAGUCAUUCACUUGAUAUAUGUGUAGAUCCAGUUUUCAAACACGUAAAGGAAUGUAGGAUAUUUAUUGAUGUUGAGUUUUGCAUAUUUUAUUGUUUGUCUUAUGGUUUGUCUGAUUGCAGGGUCAUUUUCAGGGUCUGUUAUUUUGUAAGUUUGUGUUAUCAUAAAAUUUCCACAACUAUAAAACAUAAAAAUGUCUAGAAACAAGGGAUGGUCAGCUUUUAAGUUUCUUUCUGUUUCACCUACGUAGAUGGUGUUACAUGGAGUGGGUUCUGUUUGAUAAAUUACCUUAAUGUUAGUUUUCUUUCUGUACUUUUCAUGUUGACCUCUAGUUCAUAUUUUUCACACAAUGAGCUCAAGAGUUGUUUUAUGCUAUUAGCAAGUCCCAUAUAAAAAGGCAAAGUGCAACAUACAGUGCUACUGAAAUCUACAUCACAUGUAUUGUUCUUUUUCACAACUGAAAAUAAUGUGUUUUACAAUGUCACAAUGGUAGUUAUUAGUUUUAAUUAUUAAGUAUGGCAGUACUUAAUAGUGGGGAUGAACAAGGUUUCCAAAUAAUUCACAUGCCGAAAAACCACCUUAUUGAAUUCCUAAGCAAAAAACUGAUCAUACAAAGUAUUGGUUACAAUAUAUUAUGUGCAUAUAUACUAAUAAUAUGCUAAAAAAAAGUCACAUUUCUGGUAUAGCAAUUCAAAAAUUUCUAAAACAGCAACUUUUUCAUCUACUACCCACAUAUCUAUCGGAUCACAUCAGCGUAGCUAGCCCCUAGUUGGUUCGGGCUAUCGAUACAAGAUUUCUCCAGCUUACUUGACUGGUCUGUGGGUAUCCACUUUUGGUAUUCCAAUAAAUAUAUACAGAUUCUUUUACAAAUGGUAAAACAUAUCAUGCACAUACUUAAAUAUUUUUCAACCCAAAAUGUCGCACUACAUAUUGAUGGAUAGACACGAGGUAGUUUCUAAAGGUAGAUUAUAUACUUUAUACAGUUAAAACAUUAAGGAAUGGUUAAAAAAUUACGAAUUUUAAAAUGAAGUAGCGAUCCUGCUACAAAAAGUAAUGAAACAAGAAUUAAAACCACAAAUUAAUCCCUACAUUCGAAGCUUUAUACACUUAUGUGUAGAACAAAGUAAGGAUUACAUUUUAUAAAUUUGUGAUUGUGGUUUUAAUUAUUGUAAAAGUUAAAGCUAUUGGGGAUAUGGCCAUACUGAAAGUUUAUAGAUGUUUUGUCAAUUCCAUGGACAUAUAAAAACUGAACAAAUAAAUAGGGAAAAAUAAUUAAAAUGUUCAUGGAAAAUAAGGAUCGUUGGUUAUUUAUAGAAUUGCUAUAAGAACUAUCCAAAACAAAAUAAAUGCUGCAAUAAAAAGUAAACAAACUAGUUGAAUAGAUUUUAAAAUGAUUUU